GUGACCGGUAGCUUCUCCAAUCGCUGCCGGAUAACCCGUUCCAAAGCAGUAACGUGCGUGCCAUAAUCUAUUUAUUUCAUUAGCUUCUAGUUGUGAAUUGAAGUGGAAAAAUUGUGUGCGGCGAACAGAUCGUUCUUGGUCAUCUGCAGUUCUGUAAGAUAGUUGAAACCACACGACAAAUUGGGAAUUUAAUUCGACGGAUCAAGCUGGUAGAAUAGUGCAAGGCUGAUUCAGCUGAUUAAUUGCCGAGAAGGCCUCAUUUACGCAGAAGAAAUUUAAAUGCAUCGGAGUUGAAACGAAUAAACCGCCAGAUGGAAAUUAACGGCUAGUGAUGGAAUUGAAUCUUGUUUGAUCUGGAUCACUUAGAGCCAAUUUGAAGUAGUUGGCGGAAUCGGUCGUCGCUUGUAGUGAAAUUCAAUAAUGGAAAAAGCCAUUUCGGUGGUAAAAAUUGCGGCAAAAAGUGUUCCUAAGUUUGUUUGGACGGAGAACUCGUGUCCGCGGAUUUCGCACAUCAACACAUUGAGAUGAAAUAGUGUAGUGAAGGUCGAUAGCUUGUUGGGAAUUUUGAAGUGAGCUCGUACGAUGAAUAUGUGGAAGAAUUUAUCGAACAAAGUUUCCUGAAUCGUGUGGCUGUCAGCUAUGUGGAGAUAAAAGUGGAUAGUUUAUGUUACAAAUUAUUACAUUCACAACCCUGUACUUGCACCAAAGAGUGGAUUAUCUGUUGGAGAAAUUUAUUAUUAGCAUCUGCGAAGGAAUACCGCAACAACAGGAAGCAUGCGAGCUGACGACGGCAUCGCCUUCCAUUAUGCAAACAACAACACACUGAACGCCAGUGAUGUGGAAAUCGUCAGAGAACAAGAUGCUCUCUACGACGUACCGGUGGGAUUGGUCGUGCUGCUGUCGAUAUUCUACGGAACCAUCAGUAUUAUAGCUGUGAUAGGCAACUCGCUGGUGAUAUGGAUCGUCCUGACUACCAAGCAGAUGCAAACCAUCACAAACAUGUUCAUCGCGAACCUGGCCCUGGCCGAUGUGACCAUAGCCGUGUUUGCGAUUCCUUUCCAGUUCCAGGCGGCGGUCCUGCAACGAUGGAAUCUUCCGGAAUUCAUGUGCCCAUUCUGUCCGUUUGUGCAGCUGCUCAGUGUCAAUGUGUCGGUUUUUACCUUAACGGCCAUUGCCGUCGACCGUCACAGGGCCAUCAUUAAUCCGCUCAGGGCACGAGCAUCGAAAAACAUUUCCAAAUUUGUCAUCAGCGCCAUCUGGCUGGUGUCGUUCGCGCUGGCCGCACCAACCCUGAUCGCGCUGCGUGUGUUACCAGUGUCGAUUGUCAGUCUCGGAGAAACCAACGAGACCUACAUCAAUAUGACCAAACCGUUUUGCCAGGUGGUUAACUUUGAAGAAUCGGAAAUGCUACUCUAUCGGUACAUUCUGACGCUGGUGCAGUACUUCGUGCCGCUCUGUGUCAUCAGCUUCGUGUACAUCCAGAUGGCGCUCCGGCUAUGGGGCUCGAAAACUCCGGGAAAUGCACAGGACACACGGGACAUGACGAUGCUGAAAAACAAAAAGAAGGUCAUCAAAAUGCUGAUUAUAGUGGUGGCACUAUUUGGCAUCUGUUGGUUUCCGCUGCAGCUUUACAAUAUUCUACAUGUUACCUGGUCCGAAGUGAACGAGUAUCGCUACAUAAAUAUCAUUUGGUUCGUUUGUGAUUGGCUGGCCAUGAGUAAUAGCUGCUACAACCCGUUCAUAUAUGGAAUCUACAAUGAAAAGUUCAAACGAGAAUUCCACAAGCGUUACCCAUUCCGCGGGCGACAUCAGAGCUAUCACCAAGACCAGCUGACUGAUAAGACCAUAUCGAUGUUCACCCGUGUCAGCUCGAUACGGUCCAGCUACGCAACGUCAUCGAUACGCAACAAGCUCAGCACGAGACCGAGCGGGUCCAAUGGGGCCUUCGGUGGAUACAGCAGCAAUGCUUCCUAUCACAAUUAUAAUCCCCACCAGCAGCAGCAGCAGCCGUGCAAAUCAACUAAUGUGAACAGUGCUGCUUGUUAUCAGAGAAACAACGCCGACAGGGACAGCAGUAGGAAAACAAUUAACAGUGCCCCAUGGGAAUCGGACUGUUGUCCCUGCCGACAAAACUCGACAAAAAAUUCAUCCAAUGGUUUCGGCCAUCCCCGGACGUCCGUUGCUUGUCCCUACCGGAUGUCGUAUCCUGUGGAAGAGUGCGACGAUGACAGCGGCGGCGGUGGAGGCGAAGUCACCGGCACUGUAGCUCAAUUGAGCCCACUGGUUCAUAGUGAUGAAAGAGAACUUCUCGAUGCGGAUGAGAGCAGGGUAAGUAUACUGAAGGUGGAGGAUAUUUCACUGAACCAUCCCCAUCCGGAUACGGCAGAUGAAGAGGACGACGUUAUGGAACCGUUCGAGUCCCGUGAAAUUGUUGAGCAUGAAAAGUAUGAUCACUUUCCGCUGAAAUUAUACCCGGACCGAAACGAACGAUUGCAUCUUUGUAGUAACAAUUUGUAGAGUACUAAUAGAUUAUAAAAGUUUAGCCCAGUUAUAAGAUGUUGUCGGAAAUGUUGGUGUUUUAUACGUCCUUUCUGUUGCAUCGUGGUGCAACCGUUUAACCUUAUAUUGGUGUUGCUAGUGAAAGUAUUAUAUGCGACAGAGUAGGGAAUGGAACAAUCCAAAUACAAAUUAUUGAAGUUUUAUUCAAUUUCCAUGUGAACGAAGCCAAAGAGCACAGAAAAAAAUUAAAGUUUUAUGAUAA